AUGACAGACCCAUUUGUCUCUAUUUAUGAGAUCGUCUUCCAGCUCACCAUACGUAUGGUUGAUAGCGCUGAGAUCGUCAAUGACACUGAAAAGCUAAGGAAAACAUUGAAAUUAUUCGAAACAAUUGAGCAAAGUACUACACCAAUGAGCAUUGUUUUCCCAUGGAUGCCGACAUUUGCCCUGAUAAAACGGACUAUCGCAGGAGGGAGGCUAUAUUACCUCUUUAAGGGUAUCAUGGAUAACCGCAAGAAGAUGAACCAUCGCGAGACUGACGCGCUUCAAUAUCAUAUUGACAUGGGUGACGAUAUCAAACUCAUAAUCCAGGUUUGGUAUUCACUCACUCAAGGAUCAUUCUCAACGUUCAUUGUUGGCGCUGUCUUUUCCGGGCAGCUCAACACCGGCAUUAAUGCCUCGUUCAUGCUCACCUAUAUAGGUAGUAGCCGGCACUGGUAUAAUCGUGUACGCGCCGAAAUUGAUGCUGUGCUGAACAAGUAUGCACCCGACCGCUCUCUGCCGUUAAGGCAGCGAUUUGAAGCCAUUCCAAUUGAAGCCUGGGAGUCCGAGUUCCAUCUCCUUGACUGCUGUCUCAAAGAUAGCAUCCGUCUGCAGUUAUUGGGAACUAUGUAUCGUCGCAACAUAGGAACCGAAGACGUGAAGAUUGGUAAUGAGCUUAUUCCAAGUGGUGCCUUUUUGGUAUGCGUUUACGUUAUCUUUUUGUCACCUUCGGAAACUAAUGCCGACCAUAGACCUACCAUAUCUCAGAUGUUUAAUCAAGAUCCAAAUAUCUAUCUAGAACCGCUGAAAUGGGAUCCCAGUAGAUAUUUUCCGGGGCGUGCUGAAGAUAAGAAGAGACCAUUGUGUUGGAUAGGGUGGGAAGCUGGGAGACAUCCGUGUCUGGGCACGGGAGUGAGUUUUCAAUUUUCAUUUACACCCCAUAGAGUUUUUGUUCUUCUUUACACUUCGAAGUCAAAUUUGCCCCAAUCUAGUAGCACAGUGCUGAAACUUCGCUUCAAGUUUGCUAAAUUGGAACAACUCCUUAUUGUUUCCAUAUUCUUAACUCGAUUCGACUACGAUACCUGCGAUGACAAGGGGAUAAUUUGUGAUGCUAUCGCUCCCCCAGAUCUCAACGCCCAUUCUGCUACCAAGCCUAUAGCUCCAAUACGGCUAAGGCUUAAAUCCCGAGACUUAAAGGCACAGGAUUAA